UCGGGGAAAGAGGGCUUAGUUUUGCAUGUUCCCAUCCAUCCUGCACGACGCGAAAGGGCCCCUUAUCCACCUCUCCUGUGUACGAGGAACACCUCCACUGGUGAUCAGCCUUCGCCUGUGUUUGUCUUGUGGAGAAGCAGCAGCACCUUUUUGCAGGAGUGGGGUUUUUUAUUCAACAAGAAGUCCUGAAGGUUUUGGAUGCGGUGCUUUAGGGAUGUGGGCACUUUGAGAGCGGCAUCACCCUCAAACACCAACAAUCGAUUUUUCUGUGAAUAGCCAAAAAAAGAAGAAGAAGAAAAAAAGAAACAAUAGAAAGAAAAUCUUAUUGAACAAUUCACUUUUCCAGUCUGUGGAUACCGCUCUAACUAAGUACAGCACUUUGAGAAUUGUUCACAUCGGACGGACUGAAGAGGGAGGCAAGACCUGUGGACCGGGUUUUCCCUGACUCGCAGCGCAAAGAAGAAGACCCUGAAGGAUAACGCGCGUGGACGUUUAUCUGCCUAAUUUCACAGGAGGCUCUUUUUUCACGCAAAUUCUCCUAAAUGUUUGGGAUUCAGGAAACUAUACCGCGAGGUGGGACGACGAUGAAGGAGGAACCGCUGGGUGGACUGAACUCGGUCCGCUCCUGGAUGCACACAGCUGGGGUGGUGGAUGCAAACACAGCCGCCCAAAGCGGUGUCGGCUUGGCACGGGCACAUUAUGAAAAGCAGCCCCCUUCCAACCUCAGAAAAUCCAAUUUUUUCCAUUUCGUCCUGGCGCUGUAUGACAGGCAGGGUCAGCCCGUGGAGAUCGAAAGGACAGCUUUUGUGGACUUUGUGGAGAAAGAAAAAGAACCAACCAGUGAAAAAACUAACAAUGGGAUACAUUACAAACUACAGUUAUUGUACAGCAACGGUGUCAGAACAGAACAGGAUCUUUACAUACGGUUAAUCGAUUCCAUGACGAAGCAGGCCAUAGUUUAUGAGGGUCAAGACAAGAAUCCAGAAAUGUGCAGAGUUCUUCUUACUCAUGAAAUAAUGUGCAGCCGAUGCUGCGACAAGAAAAGCUGUGGGAACAGGAACGAGACUCCGUCAGACCCAGUGAUCAUCGACAGGUUCUUCCUAAAGUUCUUCCUCAAGUGCAAUCAGAACUGUCUGAAGAAUGCGGGCAACCCACGAGACAUGCGCAGAUUUCAGGUUGUCGUAUCGACGACCGUCAAUGUGGACGGCCAUGUCUUGGCUGUCUCUGACAACAUGUUCGUACACAACAAUUCCAAGCAUGGGCGAAGGGCUCGCAGACUCGACCCUUCAGAAGCAGCCACCCCAUGCAUCAAGGCUAUCAGCCCCAGCGAGGGAUGGACCACUGGAGGAGCUACUGUCAUCAUCAUCGGAGACAACUUCUUUGAUGGCCUACAAGUCGUCUUUGGCACCAUGCUUGUAUGGAGCGAGCUGAUAACUCCCCACGCCAUCCGGGUCCAGACUCCACCUCGGCAUAUUCCUGGCGUUGUGGAAGUCACGCUGUCCUACAAGUCCAAGCAGUUCUGCAAAGGUGCUCCUGGGAGAUUUGUCUAUACUGCCCUGAAUGAGCCAACCAUUGACUAUGGUUUCCAGAGGCUGCAGAAGGUCAUCCCCAGACACCCCGGCGACCCCGAGAGGUUACCAAAGGAGGUGUUACUGAAGAGGGCGGCUGAUCUUGUUGAAGCCCUGUAUGGAAUGCCUCACAACAAUCAGGAGAUCAUACUGAAGAGGGCGGCCGACAUCGCCGAGGCCCUGUACAGUGUUCCACGCAACCACAACCAGAUCCCCUCUCUCGCUAACACAGCCUCCCACGGCAUGAUGGGAGUCAACUCCUUCAGCAGCCAACUAGCAGUCAAUGUGUCUGAGUCACAAGGGAACGACCAAGUGGGCUACAGCCGGAACACCAGCAGCGUGUCCCCUCGGGGCUACAUCUCCAGCAGUACCCCACAGCAGUCAAGCUACAACACCGUCAGCAACAGCAUGAAUGGCUACGGCAACGCCGGCAUGAACCUGGGAGUGCCAAGCUCCCCUGGGUUCCUCAACGGAUCCUCUGCCAACUCCCCAUAUGGAAUUAAACAAAAGAGCGCCUUCGCCCCUGUGGUCCGACCCCAGGCCUCCCCACCCCCUUCCUGCACCAGCGCCAACGGCAACGGACUGCAAGGUGAGCCCCCCUCACCCCCUCAUCCCUUCCCUACGGACUACUGGUCAGAUACCGCUGCUCAGGCCUCUGUCCGGUUUGCCAUGUCCGGCCUGGUUGUCCCACCAAUGUAAAUGCACUUUUGUCAUCACAAGCACCAUUCGACACACUACCACUUGACAGGACACCCCCUUCUCAGCACACAGCAAAUUGCUGGUGCCUUGUAUAGUCAAUCACUUGUUUUGUUUUUAAAAGACAGACGACGAAAAGGAAAAUAAGGCUCUUUUUUAUUAUUUUCAAUGACUUUAAACACCUUCAGAAAAGGGGAUUUUGUGAA